GAAGCAGUUCCGGGAAACCCCGCGUGCUGCCGGGAUCGCGUCUCUGUCCAUGAGGGGGGGGAGGGGGUGGCGCGCGCGCCAUUUCUAGUCGUUUUCAAAGCGCCUCGCGCUGAUUCUCACGGGCCCGGCCGCCGGCCCCUGCUCUGCCCUGCAGCAUAAUAAAAUGGCUAAUCAGGUGAAUGGUAAUGCGGUACAGUUAAAAGAAGAGGAAGAACCAAUGGAUACUUCCAGUGUAACUCACACAGAACACUACAAGACACUGAUAGAGGCAGGCCUCCCACAGAAGGUGGCAGAAAGACUUGAUGAAAUAUUUCAGACAGGACUGGUAGCUUAUGUCGAUCUUGAUGAACGAGCAAUUGAUGCUCUCAGGGAAUUUAAUGAAGAAGGAGCUCUGUCUGUACUACAGCAGUUCAAGGAAAGUGACUUAUCACAUGUUCAGAACAAAAGUGCAUUUUUAUGUGGAGUUAUGAAGACCUACAGGCAGAGAGAGAAACAGGGGAGCAAGGUGCAAGAGUCCACAAAGGGACCUGAUGAAGCGAAGAUCAAGGCCUUGCUUGAGAGAACUGGUUAUACUCUGGAUGUAACCACAGGACAGAGGAAGUAUGGUGGUCCUCCACCAGACAGUGUGUACUCUGGCAUGCAACCGGGAAUUGGAACAGAGGUGUUUGUAGGUAAAAUACCAAGAGAUUUAUAUGAGGAUGAGUUGGUGCCCCUUUUUGAGAAGGCUGGACCCAUUUGGGAUCUACGUCUUAUGAUGGAUCCACUGUCUGGUCAGAAUAGAGGGUAUGCAUUUAUCACCUUCUGUGGAAAGGAAGCUGCACAGGAAGCUGUGAAACUGUGUGACAGCUAUGAAAUUCGCCCUGGUAAACACCUUGGAGUGUGCAUUUCUGUGGCAAACAACAGACUUUUUGUUGGAUCCAUUCCGAAGAAUAAGACUAAAGAAAACAUUCUGGAAGAAUUCAGUAAAGUCACAGGUUUAACAGAGGGUUUGGUGGACGUUAUUCUCUAUCAUCAACCCGAUGACAAAAAGAAGAAUCGGGGGUUCUGCUUCCUUGAAUAUGAGGAUCACAAGUCAGCAGCACAAGCCAGACGCCGGCUGAUGAGUGGAAAAGUAAAAGUAUGGGGAAAUGUAGUUACAGUUGAAUGGGCUGACCCUGUGGAAGAACCAGAUCCAGAAGUCAUGGCUAAGGUAAAAGUUUUGUUUGUGAGAAAUUUGGCUACUACGGUGACAGAAGAAAUAUUGGAAAAGUCAUUUUCUGAAUUUGGAAAACUUGAAAGAGUGAAGAAGUUGAAAGAUUAUGCAUUUGUUCAUUUUGAAGACAGAGGAGCAGCCGUUAAGGCUAUGGAUGAAAUGAAUGGCAAAGAAAUAGAAGGGGAAGAAAUUGAAAUAGUCUUAGCCAAGCCACCAGACAAGAAAAGGAAAGAGCGUCAAGCUGCUAGACAGGCCUCCAGAAGCACUGCGUAUGAAGAUUAUUACUACCACCCUCCUCCUCGAAUGCCACCUCCAAUUAGAGGUCGGGGUCGUGGUGGGGGGAGAGGUGGAUAUGGCUACCCUCCAGAUUACUAUGGCUAUGAAGAUUACUAUGAUGAUUACUAUGGUUAUGAUUAUCACGACUAUCGUGGAGGCUAUGAAGAUCCCUACUACGGCUAUGAUGAUGGCUAUGCAGUAAGAGGAAGAGGAGGAGGAAGGGGAGGGCGAGGUGCUCCACCACCACCAAGGGGGAGGGGAGCACCACCUCCAAGAGGUAGAGCUGGCUAUUCACAGAGGGGGGCACCUUUGGGACCACCAAGAGGCUCUAGGGGUGGCAGAGGGGGUCCUGCACAACAGCAGAGAGGCCGUGGUUCCCGUGGAUCUCGGGGCAAUCGUGGGGGCAAUGUAGGAGGCAAGAGAAAGGCAGAUGGGUACAACCAGCCUGAUUCCAAGCGUCGUCAGACCAACAACCAACAGAACUGGGGUUCACAACCCAUCGCUCAGCAGCCGCUUCAGCAAGGUGGUGACUAUUCUGGUAACUAUGGUUACAAUAAUGACAACCAGGAAUUUUAUCAGGAUACUUAUGGGCAACAGUGGAAGUAGACAAUUAAGGGCUUGAAAAUGAUACUGGCAAGAUACGAUUGGCUCUAGAUCUACAUUCUUCAAAAAAAAAAAAAAAUUGGCUUAACUGUUUCAUCUUUAAGUAGCAAUUUGCUGCCAUUUGUAUUGGGCUGAAGAAAUCACUAUUGUGUAUAUACUCAAGUCUUUUUAUUUUUCCUCUUUUCAUAAAUGCUCUGGACAUUAUUGGGCUUGCAGAGUUCCCUUAUUCUGGGGAUUACAAUGCUUUUAUCGUUUCAGGCUUCAUUUUAGCUUCAAAGCAAGCUGGGCACACUGUUAAAUCAUGAUUUUGCAGAACCUUUGGUUUUGGACAGUUUCUUUUUUUUGGAUUUGGAAUAGAUUACAUAGGAGUAUGGAGUAUGCUGUAAAUAAAAAUACAAGCUAGUGCUUUGUCUUAGUAGUUUUAAGAAAUUAAAGCAAACAAAUUUAAGUUUUCUUGUAUUGAAAAUAACCUAUGAUUGUAUGUUUUGCAUUCCUAGAAGUAGGUUAACUGUGUUUUUAAAUUGUUAUAACUUCACAACUUUUUGAAAUCUGCCCUACAAAAUUUGUUUGGCUUAAACGUCAAAAGCCGUGACAAUUUGUUCUUUGAUGUGAUUGUAUUUCCAAUUUCUUGUUCAUGUAAGAUUUCAAUAAAACUAAAAAAUCUAUUCAAAACAUUACCUAUUUCAAAUUCAAUUGUGUCCUAAAACAUCAUUUUAUUCGUAAUCCUUGCAAGGAAUAUUGUUUUCAAAGUAUAACUGCCUAUGUGAGUGAUCAAAUUCAUGCAAAAUUUCUUGUCUAUUCCAACAUGUAUGGUGGAUAUUAGACUGAGGAUUAGUCUAAAUUCAAGUAUUAUUCCAAUUAGCACUUCAUUAAUUGGUGUUCUCUCAUAGUCUUUUCUAAUUUUGAAAUUUUAUCCUUUAUUUAAAAAAAAAAAAACAGGUUCAAAGACUUUUGAGCAUUCUUUGUAGGCAUUGGAUAAUUUGCGUUAAAACAAAUAAAAUGUGGCUGGGAAAGCAGACUGCAAAUUUAUUUUGACCCACAUUCUUUGUAAGGGUUAAUUUGUGGCUGAAGACCUUAUUUGCUGGAUAAGUGAAUGUACAUACAGAGAAAACUGUUAGUACUGUGGCGUCAGUUGCACUGCAGACUUUAGUUUUAAUAAACAUGAUAGUGACUACUAUUUUAGUUACUGAACGAAUAUAAUUUCUUAUUGCUAUGUAAAUUUGCUUUGAGAAACAUUCAUGCCUUGUAAGAGAGGCUUAAAAAUAUUCAGUAGUAAUACCUCUGACUUUCUGUUAACACCUCGUUUAUUUUUAGUUAUCUGCUAUCCCUGAUGCCUGAAUUUUUUGUUGGCCAAUACAUAACAUCUGUUUCUCUAUUCCUUUAGAAAUUCUGAUUUAUUUUAAUGACUUUUUUGCUUGAGAAUGAGAGGAACAAAAGAAUCUGAGCUUUACGGUACAGCGAAGUCUGAAUCACUUUCAAAUUACUAUUAAAUUUUCCCUUCCAUCUUAUUCUUACGUGGUUCUCAAAUGUUUUUAUAGUGAUAAAAACAUCAGAAGCCAUUGGGGAAUAAUUAAAAUGGAUACACCAUUAUUUUGUGUUUUGUUCCUGUUUGGUGUCUUUGUGAUAAGAAUAUUAGAUUUCAAAAUCAUAAGCCACUUAAUUCCACGUAAUCUUGGUUAGAUCAUAUUUUGGGUUUCAUGGCUUUUCAUUUCAAAUAAGAAAAUUAAUAGUUACUGAGAAAAGUCAAUAUAUUUCAUUUCUUUUUCUAAGUACCGUCAUUACACAGUACAGUCAUUUAACAGGCCAUUGAUAUUUUAGUUUUUUGGAAACUGAUAAAUUAUGGUCUGUUGUGUGAUAGUUUUGAGUUAACAUGGGUAUUUCUUUGGUAAAACAGAACGAGUUUUUUUUUUU